CGAUCUGUCCCCUUCGAAGCAAAAGAAGUCGACGAGCUGUGCAUCUUCGCCCCCAACCCGCUGCCGCUCCACGCCGCCUGCCGUCUGGAAUUUAAGCAAGGUAAUUGAGUCCUACUUCCGAGCACGGUCUCUAAUCGAUUCUCCUCCAUGGAUGUUGCAGACGCAGACGCGUACACAGGAGGACCGGAGCUAGCGGUCGACCGACAUGGUGGUCGCCGACGCGGCGGCGGGAGGCGUGGUGAAGCUCAUCCUUCACCUGGCACUGGCGAUCAGGGCCGCGGCGGACACGGCGAAGCGGAACAAGCAGGACUGCCUGGAGAUGGCGAGUCGCGCGGAAACGCUCGAGGCCGCGCUGUCGUCGCUCGACGACGACGGCGGCGGCGGCGGCACGGCGAAUCACCAGGCCGUGGCCUCCGCGCUCAAGCGCCUCCGUCUUGCGCUCCAACGGGCCCUGCAGGCCGUCGAGGGCUGCCAGGGGGACGGCGCCUUGGCGCGCCACCUCAACGCCGGCAAGGUCUCCGCCGACCUGCGCCAGGUGAACCAGAACAUCACGGAGCGGAUGAUGGACGUCAUCCUCGUCUCCGGCCUGCACACCAGUAACCUCGUCGCGCUCAAAACACAGCACAAGAAGAAGCCCCAAAUUCAGGAGGAUUCUUUGGCAAACUCUCGCAAGGAAGAGGAGCAUGCUUUCACAUCAUCAGUUAAUACUCGCUCUUCUACAACGUACACAGGCUUGUCUGAAUUGGAGGCUGCUACAAACAACUUUUCAAAAGAAAGCUUGAUUGGAAAUAAUGACUCUCGCACAGUCUAUAAGGGUGAAUUAUGCGAUGGAUGCAAAGAUGCCGUCAAAACAUACAGUAAGAUGCAAUACAAGGCUUGCAGAAAAGAACGUGAAAACGAAAAGUAUACCGUGCCAGAUCACUCACACGGUAUUCAAGCCUCCACGUCAAUUCCUGAGAGAACAACUACCAGCAGCCAUUGUCUCUCUAAUGAAGCCAAGACAGCGUCAGAUCGACAUGAGGUUAUCUACAACAUAAGACAACUACCAACGCUUGCGCCGUAUAGCUCAUUCAUGGUUGAGACCAAGCUGAUCAGGACGCCAAUCUCUGAGGAUGUGGCCUCCCAUUGUGAGGCCAGGCAAUCAAGUAUUGAAGCCCGUGUUCUCUUGCUCCUGAUUCUCUUCCUGGUGCUUUUGGGCUUCCGCUAUGGCUAGGAAAAGACCCCUGAUUGUGCACCUGUUUGGGCCAUUGUUUGAUGUCUUGGCUGAGCAACCCUGGAUUGAAGAUUGAAGGUUUGCAUGGUGUUGGACCAUAUGGCUAGCUGUUAGCGUGGAGCUUGUUACUCUUCUUGAUAAAUAAACAUGUAAAACAGGUUUAGGUACGAUAUCGAUCCUGGUUGUUACGUCCGGUCUGUCUCGUUGCCAAUGUUUGUACUUAUGUUGUAAAGCCGAUGAGCUCUAAUAUAUAGAGAUGAGCUGGCAUUGAUUGAUGUACGAGAAAACCUACAAACACAUCUCACAGUUUCACACGUGGAAGCAAGACUGGCAGGUUGACAAUAUCCAACUAUAUACCGGCCGUAAUGUUUGUACCUAGUGGAAAAUUGAUGUGUUCUUAAUUCUGUCAAUUUGGGAUAAUAAUGUAUGCUUGAGUUAGUGUUUC